AUGUCGUGCCUUUUUGUUGUUAAAGGAGGAGAGUGGGGAGAGAGUUUUUAAGUUGCGCAUGUUCCGGCAACUAAAGUUUAAUCCAUCCCGAUUUGCUCAUAACACAUCGUCCACAGGUUUGCUUCGUCAGGCUGUCAGAUACGACUUUAGCGUCAACCCUGGUGCAUUGAUCUCAUUUUUGUGCUAUCCCAUUUGACGCGAAAUAAGAAAACAUGGAUUAUAGAGGCGUGAGACUGUUACUUUUCAUUGUCUGUCUUGCGCACUAUUCAUUCGAACAGAACUCAAAGAAAAAAAAUAAUGUGAAGAAAGAGUCUGCUAACAGUGCUGCUAUUGAGGACCUGAGGAGAAAGAUCGAUGAGAUUGUGCAGGAGCUCAGUCUGUUGAAGGAAAAGCAAGCUCUCCAAACAGUUUGCCUAAAAGGCAUUAAGGUCCCAGGCAAGUGUUUCCUGGCAGAUGCAGUGAAGAAGAACUUUCAUGCGGCUAGUGAAGACUGCAUGGCAAAGGGUGGUACCCUCAGUACUCCGCUGAGUGGCGAGGAAAAUGACCAGAUCUAUGCCUAUGUUCGCCAAACAAUCGGGCUUGAAGAACACAUCUGGCUGGGCAUCAAUGACAUGGUCACAGAGGGAGACUGGGUGGAUAAGACGGGCUCCAGCAUACGCUUCAAAAACUGGGAGACAGAGGUCACCCACCAGCCUGAUGGUGGAAACAGGCAGAACUGUGUUAUUCUGUCUUGCACCGCCAACGGGAGGUGGUUUGACGAGAACUGCCGUGCUGAAAAGGCCUCUGUCUGUGAGUUUAACAUUGUCUGAGCUCAUUACUGAUCUAUGUGAUGUUCAAACAAUGGGCUGGGUUUCCAUUAUAAUGUGCAAGGGGGUGAUUUAGUACUGGUGCAUGAUGGAUAUGUACUACUUUGCGUAUUGCAUGUGUACUUAAACUACUAUCUUCUACAGUAGAUCACUCUUAGAAUAUCCAGGGAGAAUGCAGGAAUAACCAAAGCCACAUGUGCAUUCUGUUAAAAUAAUCAGAGUGACAUCAGAUCUGAACUUUUAAAAAAACUUGAUGCACUUACACCACUGCAUUUAGCAUGGACACUUUUACGAAAAUAUUUGUGUAAAAUCAAUUUGAUUUCAGUUUAAAUAACAUUCUCUUUUUAUUACUUACUUCAGUAGAGUGUUGACCUAAAAUAGAAUAAGCCAUUUCACAUCUGCAACAGUUGAAUUCUUAAUAAUGGUUGUAGGAGCCAUUCAUGUUUGCCAUACAGAAUUUGUAGCCAGCUCUGCAGUCCCUGUUCAUAGCCUCCUGCUUUUAAUUUAGUCAUUAUGUAACUCGUAACUGCUGGGAAAACGCUAAAAAAUAUUUGUUAUUAGCAAGAAAAGUAAAUGUUUCUGUGCUCCCACUCCUCAUGUACUUUUCCAAAGAAUAAGAGGUAAUAAAACUGCAUUCCAGCAAAACUGAUUACUCCA